GCUCACACUAACCAUCCACUUUAUAAACCUCUUCAUUCCAUUAUUUGUUAUUCCAUUCUGAUCACACAAUCAUAACCACCAUCAUCAUUCAUUUCCCUCUUCUUGUGUCCACACGAAUGGGUUCAAGAUCAGCACGUUGGCGCCAAAGUUGGGCUCCACAACCACUAACACCAUUAAUGGAAGGUCCUGACCCUGAAAUGCAAGAAGAAGGAACCAAAAAGGAAAGUUCUUGGGAAGUUAUUAGAGAAUGGUUCAAAGCUCAAAAGAUUUCCCCUGGAGGAAACAUGAAUUCACAAUCAUUCUAUGGAACCAUCCAUGCUAAGACAAAAGAUUUGAAGAUGUUGCUUGGUGUUUUAGGUUGUCCUCUGGCUCCAAUUCCCUCAGAUCAUGAUCCUACUUUGAGUGUUCACAAUCACAUCAAAGAUACCCCUUUUGAAACAUCAACAGCGAAGUACAUAAUACAACAGUAUUUGGCAGCAACAGGGUGUCUAAAGCAACAAAAGGAGAAUAAAAACAUGUAUGCAAGUGGGAUGGUGAAGAUGAUAUGUUGUGAAACAGAGAUAUCAUCAGGGAAAAAUGUAAAGUGUUUAGGGACAAGAAGUAGUGAAAAUGGUUGUUUUGUACUUUGGCAGAUGUUACCAGGAAUGUGGUCACUUGAAUUGGUUGUUGGUGGUCAUAAGAUUGUUGCUGGUAGUAAUGGUAAAACUGUUUGGAGACACACACCUUGGUUAGGUACACAUGCUGCUAAAGGCCCACAACGCCCAUUACGUCGCAUUAUUCAGGGUUUGGAUCCAAAGAGCACAGCAAGCUUAUUCACCAACGCACAAUGCUUAGGCGAGAAUCGAAUCGGGACCGUCGAUUGCUUCGUGCUAAAAGUCUGUGCAGAUCGUGAGACUGUGAUUGAAAGAAGCGAGGGUCCCACAGAGGUAAUAAGGCACAUACUAUACGGCUACUUUUGUCAAAAAAGUGGACUUCUCAUAUACUUAGAAGACUCGCACCUCACACGUGUCCCAACACAAGACAACGAUACGGUGUAUUGGGAGACCACUAUAGGGAGCAGCAUUGGGGAUUAUAGAGACGUUGAUGGCAUCUUGAUUGCGCAUCAAGGGCGAUCCAUUGCGACAGUGUUUCGAUUCGGUGAACUCUCGAUGCAGCAUAGUAGGACCAGGAUGGAAGAGAUCUGGACCAUUGAUGAUGUGAUGUUUAAUGUGCCUGGACUUUCGAUGGAUCAUUUCAUUCCUCCUGCUGAUAUUCUUGACAAUAUAAAUUCUCCAUGAUAUUCUGACUUUACUAGGUUUUUGUUUAACUUUUUUUUUUCUUUUUCAAGUUAAUGUGAAUUGUAACUUUACUUUGGAGGGGGGUAUAAUGAAAGCAUUGGUGGGGAGGUGUAUUUUAUUUUAUUUUUUUUAUCUUUCUUGCUUAUUAAUGUAAGUUUUUAGUUAGUGGUACGUAUUUCAAGUCAUUAAGCUCAAAUGACAAAAUCAAGAGGUGCUAUGGAAUAAUUAAUCAACUGGUAAGAUAAGAUAAUGGGACAUAUUAUUAUGUACUUUAGUAGUAUCUGGAUAAAAAAGUUUGGGAUAUUAAUCA